UUUCUCUUCGCCGCUUCUCUAUCUUUUUGCUCUGCAGCUUCCGGUGAGAGAUCCCAUUAACAGCCCCGGCACCAUGAACGGAGGUCCGAUCGAAGAUGGUUUUCCGGCAGACCGCCUCUUCAACMAGGGAUACUCCUAUACCUACGACGACGUCAUCUUUCUCCCUCACUACAUCGACUUCCCCACCGACGCGGUCAACCUAAGCACGAAGCUCACGAAGAACAUCGACCUGUCGAUUCCUUGUGUUGCUUCUCCCAUGGACACUGUUACCGAAUCCUCGAUGGCAGUCGCCAUGGCGUCGCUCGGUGGCAUUGGUAUCGUGCACUACAACAACCAGCCGUUUGAGCAAGCUGCAUUGAUUAGAUCGGCCAAAUCUCGUCGGAUUCCGUUUAUCUCUGACCCCAUUUUUAAAACCCCUUCAGAUUCGAUCGGUUCGAUUCAGGACUUUGCGUCAUCGCCUUGUAUUUUUGUGACCGAGUCAGGGAACUCCAAGUCCAAGUUGUUGGGUGUUGUUGCCAAGUCUGAUUGGGAGAGGUUAAGUGAUAAAGAAACUUCGGUAUCUAAAUACAUGUCAGAAUCGUUAGUUUCUGCCCCUUCAGGUUACUCAUUUGAGCAAGCUGCUGCUUUUUUAGCAGCGAACAAGCUGGAUUAUGUUCCUUUGGUCAGUGAGCAAGAUGGUGAGGUUGUGGAUUUAUUUACUUCGGCGGAUGUGGAGAGGAUUCGCGGAUUUCCGAAAUUAGGGUUUCCUUCUUUAGGGGCUGAUGGGAAGUUCAUGGUCGGAGCCGCUAUUGGGACGAGGGAACGGGAUAAGGAGAGGUUGGAGCAUCUGGUUAAGACUGGUGCUAAUGUAGUGGUGCUAGAUAGUUCGCAGGGGAACUCGAUUUACCAGAUAGAGAUGAUCAAAUAUGUAAAGAGGACUUAUCCUGAGUUGGACGUCAUUGGUGGUAAUGUUGUCACAGCAUAUCAAGCACAAAAUCUAAUUCAGGCGGGAGUAGAUGCUUUGAGGGUUGGGAUGGGUUCUGGGUCAAUUUGUACUACACAGGAGGUGUGCGCUGUUGGCAGAGGGCAGGCCACAGCAGUUUACAAAGUUUCAUCUAUUGCUGAGCAAAGUGGUGUUCCUGUCAUUGCUGAUGGUGGUAUUGCAAACUCCGGACACAUAGUAAAGGCUUUAGCAUUAGGAGCUUCCACUGUAAUGAUGGGUAGUUUCUUAGCUGGCAGCAAUGAGGCUCCUGGGUCUUACGAAUAUCAGGGUGGUCGUCGGAUUAAAAAGUAUAGGGGCAUGGGGUCACUUGAAGCCAUGACAAAAGGUAGUGAUGUCCGGUAUCUUGGUGAUACCUCUAAACUAAAGGUUGCUCAGGGAGUUGUUGGAGCUGUUGCGGACAAAGGUUCUGUACUCCAGUUUAUCCCUUACACAAUGCAAGCAGUCAAGCAAGGAUUCCAGGAUCUUGGUGCAUCCUCUGUGCAGUCUGCCCACAACCUCUUAAAAUCAAGGGUGGUAAGGCUGGAGGUUCGUACAGGAGCAGCACAAGUUGAAGGGGGAGUGCAUGAUUUGGUCUCCUAUGUAAAGAAAGCAUUCUGAGAAUCCAAAGGUCCCAGUCAUGUAUGCUUAUUCUUUGGAAAUCAUCUUCUUCAUUUCUAUCUUAUUUGAUCCAGAUGUUCAAAAUAGCAGAAUCAGAGUAAUUUUGUUCUAGGAUGACUGGAGAAGCCUGUUUGCUCGUUGUAUUAAGAGGUUAUAUAUAAGCUGAAGUACAAUUAAUUACUGGAUUGGUUCUCUGGUUUUGUUGUUAGGCCCAAGUUUUUGUUGUGCUAUGCUGGAGAAAGAACAUAAAUUAUAGGCGAACUUAUUGACUGGUACAUUCAAAGAAUAUGGACUGGACUAUAAUAUUACUCCUUUUUUCAUCAUGGUUAGUGAAUUGAAUGCUUGCAACUUAAGAUCA